GCUACACUUGUAUAUGAAAUGUCAUCUUUCGAAAGUUAUGGACUUAUGGUCAUCUUCGCUUGUCUAUGGCAAAUUAUACUUCGCUUAGCUAUUCUUGAUCUGUAUUUCUUGACAAUUUUUCCUUACUUGCAUCUCGAAAAUAGAUCAAAUUUGUUACGUCAAACUAUGUUUUCAACCUGCAAUGGGUUCUGAACCCGUAGGUGACGUUUAAUUAAAUAUAAAUGUGAUUAUUUAUAUAUUUAGGAAUUUAAAACUUGUACAUUUGUAUAGUGAUAAGUAUAAUAUCCAUAUUUAAAAGUUUAUUUUUACCAAUAAUUUUGUUCAUGAAUAAGAUAUAAUGUCCUUCGAGUACUUACCCGUGGCCGAAGACGAAAAUGAAGAACCCAUAGAACUACCAAUCGAAGAAGAUGGAACGUUGAUGCUAACAACUGUGUCCGCGCAAUUUCCCGGUUGCUGCGGCCUCAAGUAUCGCCAUCCGGAAACGAAAAACAACCGAGGUAUAAGAUUAAGAGAUGGCAGGCUUUACCCUCCUCCAGAAGGAUGGGGUAAUCACUUGUAUAUUUGCAGCUUUCCUAAAGAAAACAAAAGGAAAUCAGGAGAAAGCUCCGAAACAUCAUCAGUCAAGAACAAGAGAAAUGAUAACUUAUGCUCUGAUUUAAUAGUAUUAGGGCUGCCAUGGAAAGCAACUGAGCAAACUGUGAGAGAGUAUUUUGAGAAAUUUGGUGAAGUCCUGAUGGCGCAAUUGAAAAGAGAUGCAAAGACAGGAAUGUCUAAGGGUUUCGCCUUCAUUAGAUUCGCUUCUUACACUUCGCAAAUGAGGGUGUUGGCUCAGAGGCACAUGAUAGAUGGCCGCUGGUGUGAUGUGCGAAUACCCAACUCCAAGGAGGGCUCAGUCAACUCUAUGCCCUGUAAAGUGUUCGUCGGCCGCUGCACUGAAGAAUUAACAGCGAAUGACUUAAGAGAGUAUUUUUCUCAGUUUGGAGAAGUUACAGAUGUUUUUAUUCCAAAGCCAUUUAGAGCGUUUAGUUUCAUUACGUUUUUGGAUCCAGAAGUAGCCCAAAGUUUGUGUGGUCAAGAUCAUAUAAUAAAAGGUGUGUCAGUGAAUGUGUCUAAUGCGUCCCCUAAGCAAAACAAGAGUGGCUCCAACCAGCGGAACUUGCCAAGUAGAAACUAUGAUGAAGGUCAUAUGCACUCAGCAUCAAACAACAACUCUUGGAGCAACCGUAGCAUGGAUAUGGUGAACAUGCAAGCACUUGGAAUGUCUGGUCAGCACGGGCAGACUGGAGUAGCCGGUGGAGGCGGGCAGGGGCAAGGAGGAAGCAUGCCGCUUGGUAUGAGUGGACUCCCUGUAAACCAAGCAUUGGUGGCAGCAGCACUCAACCAGGCAGCAGGUUGGGGCCUCAUCAACAACAUACCCUCUGGAGGGUCUGACCAAGGUGCUUUUGCCGGUCCGGGGUCCUCAGCACCGCCAGCUCCGCCCAACUUCCUGUCAUGGAUGCAGCAAGGUAACUCAGCACAGGGACCUUCUAGUCAGUGGGGACAGCGGCACCAGUCUCAGGGCCACUCGGUUUGAUCCAAUGUAUGAUUUGACAAGCUCAUGAUAAUCUCUGUGAUUGUAGCAACAUUUAGAUAGUUGUCAUUGGUAUAACGGGUUUUAGUCUGCUGCUGAGAGAUGGUUUGUUUGUAUCUUCAUUGUUUGCUACUAAUGUUAUUUAUUUCUAAUGAAAUUGCUUGUGUUUUGUUGUUUCUUCAAAUCCGUAAUAUAAUUAAAUACCUCUUUGUCAUAGGUCCAACACAUGAUAAAUGACAUCAACAGUUAUAAUAUCAAUAUUGCUAAUAACCUUAUUAAUAUCCUUUAAAACAUAUAGUAAUUCACAUAUUUUCAUACUGAAGUUGGACAAAGGUUAGUGCUGGCCAUUAGUCUAUUUAAUAUAAUGAAUCCACAUGUAAUGUAAGAUUCAUGGUGUGUAUCUGGAUUGACUAAUGAAGCUAUGAGACUUCAUUAGAAUGUUUAGAAUGGAUGAUUAGCACUUACUGAUUGUUUUCUUCACUUGAUGCUAAAUUGCAAGUGCAUGGUAACUGAAAACAGUGCUACUCUUAAUGGCAUAUUAUAUCAUAACUUUUUCAAUAUUGUGUCAUAUGUGAGCUUGAUUGGUAAAUACACUUGUGUUGUCUAGUGAAUGACUAUACCUAGAGUAGUAAUGUGAAUUAGAACUUGGCCAAGUCUUGAAGGUGCAACUCAACAAAAUAAGUAUUAUGUGUUACAAAGCCUUAUUUGAACCUUUUUGGAGCCUUAAAGGCAUAGCUGAGACCUAACUCAAUACUAAUCUGGAUGACAAAUAGUAUUCACUCCAUUCACUUUUACUUUUGUUUAACUACCCUAUCAUCUAACUAGAGUCAUGUGAAAUUUGAACAGAGUAGGCAUUAUUUUCAUUUAUACUACCUAAUAAGUUUAUAUUUAAAUGCCCUUGCUGGCGGCAUAUGUUUAGCUCUACAGAACUUAUAAAACAUCAUACCUUCUAUCAUGUUUAUUAUACUUAUAUUUGCUUUCAUUUUUCUUCCUAUUGUAUAUUAUAUUGGCUACUCUUUUAGCAGAUGCAAUUUUAAAUUUAAUUAGUUUGGUAUAAUAAAUCCAAGUAAAACUCAA